UUAGGGUAGUAUACCUGUGAGCGCUGCGCUGUGUUCAGCAGAGUUUGUUGAAAAUGUCCAACAGAGAAUAAAAGCCUGCCCGAAAGCCGCACCUUGUGUUAAUAGUAAUCAGGCACCGUAGAUAAAAGUGAUCCGAUAAGACUGUGACAAUUCCGCCUCAGGCGACGUGAUAAGAACGAAGUACGGGUCUGAAAUUUUUGCGCGCUAAACACGAAUCAAAAUUACGUAUUCUAUUUCAAAUUGAAACCCUGAACGUGGCAGAACGGUGCGCUUUUUUGCUGAUAAAGUGUUGCGUGGUUCAUGGGAGCACUCGAGCGUGAAAGUUGAAAAAGAGAAAGUUUCUAGUGGCGUUCGGCAGAACCGGCUUCAAUCUAUACCGAGCAGUGCCAAAUAAAUAGACUGGUGAAAUAAAAAGCUUGAAGUUUUGUUCAUUCAAACGAGUGUGGUUUUGCGACAAGCGUUUUCACCAACCAAGAGCAGUCCAAUGUGUUAUGGAGCCGUGCCAACCUUAGACCAGGAGGGAUACCCUCGAAGGGAAGAAACUGCCAACUUUCAGAUAAUCAGGAAUCCGUCACGGACGCUAUCUGCCGUUACCCGAUCGGUCCUACCCCAGGUACGGCUAUUUCGUUUAUCGGCGGCAAUUGUUUCUGGAUCGACGGGGACCGCGACUAGCACCCAAACCACUAGAAGACAGCCAAACACUGCGCCGACCAACUAACCGGCGAAUGUCGAUCGUCGGGUGGGCCGCCUACAUCUGGUCGCUUAUCUCCGUCCCGUCUAAACCUUUAACCUACCCGAAUCCAUCGCCGGACCAAGGCGGCCAAACGCACAAGGUUCGGUGGGUACUCACUACGACCCUCCGAAAGCAUCACGCCGACCCACACGGCGCUGCUUUAUCUGCUCCGGCACGAGGACGACGAGGGGAUGCGCGAUUCAAAUGUAAACGGCAGACUGCGUGUUUUUGCCGAAGCUCUUGAUAGUAUUACAUUCAUUUUCCGACCCAAAAUGUUUUGCCAGCCAACACACACAAGUAUCAUUUUACUGGAAUAAACUGCACUUCUGCCACUACCAACCCACGGUCAGUCCCGCCAACGUUUCGUAGACUCGCGUAUAUAAGAACCGCAGCGCCAUGUACUAUCUCAGCAGACGCGUACUCAUUAUGUUGGCGUGCAGUAGUGUAGUGAUCAUCACAGUGGUCUUUUUUACCGCUUACGGGGCGUACGGAGCGCCGUCGUCCGCGGAGGACUUCUCGGCCGAACAGGAGUCAGAUUUCCUAAUCGGUGACCGACAACUGCAGCAAGUAGUCGUGUUUUUCCGGCACGGUCAGCGCACACCGGCAGAUACUUACCCGAACGAUCCUUAUCUCAACUACACCUUCGAGCCAUACGAUUGGGGUCAGCUGACUAAUGAAGGAAAAUUCUCGCUGUACAGUGAGAUUGGGCAGUGGCUGCGCGAUCGCUACGGAAGCUUCGUGGGUCCUUAUCGCGCGAAAAAUGUGCACGUGCAAACGACGGGCGUCUCGAGGACUCAGAUGUCGAUGCAGAUAGUGCUGGCCGGACUGUUCCCACCGGACGACUCCGCGUUACAGUGGAACCGAAACCUGAAUUGGCAACCGAUACCCUAUUUUAGCGAACCGCUCGAUAAGGACACGCUGUUGCUCGUGCGAGUUUCGUGCCGGCGAUACGCAGAGGCUAUACAGGAAGUUUUCAAGCUGCCCGAAGUCGUGAAGCUCAUGAGUGAUAACCAACAACUGUACCAGAAUCUCACCGAUCUUACCGGCAUGCAGAUUGCCACACCGGAUGACGUGCAGUCACUGUUCAGUACGCUAAAGGCAGAGUCGGAUUUUGGUCUUGAGCUCCCAGCGUGGACCAAGGAGUACUAUCCGGAUCGAUUGUUGCCGCUGACAAAGAAAAGCUACUCCCUAAACGUCUACACCGAUGAGAUGAAACGACUCAAGGGUGGUCCGUUUCUGCGGAAAACACUGGACGAAUGGGAUACGUUGAUUGCCAAUCCGAGCGGUGCACACGAAAAGCUUCUGCUCUACGCGGGACACGAUUCAACGGUCGUCAAUCUGCUGUCAGCGUUCCAGGUGUGGAACGAGAAGGUUCUACCCGAUUACGGAGUCAUGGGCAUACUGGAACUCUACCGUGACGUUGGAACCGGACAGUACAGUGUUGUCGUUAGCCGGAAGCAGCUUGGAAAGCGCGUAAAACGACUAACCAUCCCCGGGUGUACGCUGUUCUGUCCGAUCGCAAAGCUGAAAACGGUGCUGCAUGCAACCAUACCUACCGACUGGACGACAGAGUGUGUGGCCAAAGAUCCCGACACUGUCGAACCGCCACCGUCAGGGCCGUGACCGCGGGUAAUCGGUGCUCGAAUUUGUGGAAUCGAACAAGAUAUGGAAGAAUUUAACCUUAAAUCCCUCGCAGUGCGAACGUGUUUAGUUUUAACAAGCCAACAUCAAACAUCGAAAGAGCAUUCUUUUUUUCAUUUCAAAAA